GUCUGCUUUGGACUUCUUAUCGCUCUGUUCCCUCUAUUCGCUGGCCCAUCAAUUUCAGCCACAAUUAAACGCCUCGUCGUCUUGCCUUUCACCUCAGUAUGUGAAAUGCCUUGUGAUAAGUCAUAUCAAGUGCUUCGCGUCGCUCCAAGUCUUACAUCUGUUCGUGACAUUAGGCAGAAAUGAGGUGGCUUUGGGUGCUCCUGACCGUCUUGCUGGGGCUCAGCGGAGUGCUGGGGCGAGGGAUUCCCUUCCUGAAGCAGCAGCAGUCGCAGUCGCCCUCGGACUACAAUGGGUUGUACAUGCAGACCGACGCCGUGGACGAGCUGAUUGGCAAGGAGCAGUUCCAGGCGUGGGUGUUCCAGCAGAAGAGGGCAGCUUUUGUGGAAUUUUACAACUCCUUCUGCGGCUUCUGCCGUCGUUUUGCUCCACACUGGAUCCAACUGGGCGAAGACACGCAGAACUGGAGAGAUAUUGUGGCCAUCUCAGCCAUUGAUUGCUCCUCAGAUGAGAACAGCGAUGUCUGCAGGGACUUCGAGGUGAUGGCUUAUCCCACGAUCAGGUACUUUCCGCCAAAUUACGAGGAGGGUGCCAAGCAAAUUGGGAAGUCCGUCCUCCGACCUGAUCAUGACACAUUGAAGCAGGUUCUGGUCAACUUCCUCCUUACUGAUGAACAGAAAUUGCCCUCUUGGCCAGAUCUGGAGGACUUCACGGCCGACAGUGCAGCUGAACUGUUCACAACGGCGCCACAGAACAUCAAGAUAGUGUAUGUGAUUCUGGAGAAUGUUCAGGAACCCAAUAAGAACACCACUGGUGCUCAAGUGAUCCUGGACUUGCACAAGGCCGAAAAUGUCAUCAUUCGAAGGGCUUCUUCGAUGGAGUUUCUCCACCCAAAGACAACUGCCAGGCCAGCACUCUUCGCUGUUCACCGAGAGAAUCUACUGAUUGAGCAAUUGACUGUUGAGCCCAGCCAGGAGAGCAUUCGGAAUAAGAUCUUAUCACACAUGCAGGAGAACAACCUAGACAUUCCCGUAUCCGCCGUCCCAGUGUCCGCAGCACCGAACAAACCAACGCCUGACUGGAUGAAGCACAAGCAAGACAAGGCCAUUCAGGAUAAAGUGGCGGAGAUGAAGGGAGUGGUAUUCCAAGCUGAUCUUGAGCAAGCCGUCAGAUUCGCCCUCUUCCACGAAAUUCCCCGCUACGAAGCCAUCAAAGACGACCGCUUGCUGGCUCUGAAGCGCUUCCUGUCAGUCCUCAGUAGAUACUUUCCUUUCGGUGACAACGGUCGACGCUUCCUGAAGGAACUGGAAACCUUCGUGGGCGACAAGGAAGAGUCCCUCUCGGGAGAGGCCUUUGAGAAUGAGGCGAAGCGCCUGGAAGAACACCACCGGCCAAUUUUCUCAUCCAGUAAAUUUGUGGGUUGCUACAGUGAAGUGGAUGGCCUGAGAAGGUAUCCCUGCAGCUUGUGGCUGCUUUUCCACCACCUGACAGUGGCUGCGGUGGAGCAGAACGUCUCCACGGAUCCUCUGGAAGUACUCCAUGCCAUGCAUGGAUACAUUAAGCACUUCUUCGGCUGCACAGAUUGCAGCAAUCACUUUCAGGAAAUGGCCAAAAAGAACCGAAUGUUCUCGGUUGCUAGUCAGGACAAUGCUAUCCUCUGGCUCUGGUCGGCACACAAUGAGGCCAACAAGCGCCUCUCAGGCGACACCACUGAGGAUCCGGCGCACCCUAAAAUCCAAUUCCCAGGCGCCGCUGAGUGCCCACAGUGCCGCAGGGGAGACAAUGCUUCGCACAACGACGAGGAUUCAUGGGACCGAACGGAGGUGCUCUUCUAUUUGCGGCGCAUCCACUCGCCGCAGAACAUCAGCCGCUUGGGCGUGGAUGACGAGGCAGCUCUGCCCGCUUCACUGGACGUCCUUCGGGCCAAGCGCUACGUGAGUAACGUCUUCUCGGACAUUGACAUGCGAAUGGGGUUGCUGCUGUACGGCUUCUGCCUGUGCAUGCUCCUGGCGGCCGUGCGGCUGUUCCUGAAGCGCGGCUACCGCAAGAAGAUGUACAUUCACGACCUGCUGGGCAAAGUUUAGCCGCGUGCAGCAUCCGCAUGGGGUCAAAUAGAUUAAUUCUCACUCAAUUUGUGAUGGACUAGCGCGAGGGAUUCAUAUCAGUUUCUGUGCACGAAAAACAUUGGGACACAUUAUUACAUUCAGACAUCCUGACUAAUUGCUGGAGCCAUUGAGUGACGGACAUUCUCUUUUCCAGACUGGAGAUUAACAAUUCGAUAAGCUGAUGGGGGUUUUUCGAGCUAUAUAUGCCAUGUAUGUAUGAACAGUCAAGUAAAAUAGCCAUGUUAAUAUCA